AGUUAUAUUUAAAGUCUCCAACAUGCAUAACACACAAGACAUGAUUACUGAAAUCUCUUCCGCCGCCACAACAAUCACCGUUAGCCACCAUCAAGAUGGCUCACUUUAUGAUGACGACGGCCGCCCAAAACGAACAGGAACCAUAUGGAUGACAAGCUCAUAUAUAAUAACAGCAGUAAUUGGAUCUGGAACUUUAUCCUUAGCAUGGUCCAUAGCACAACUAGGUUGGAGUGGUGGCCUUGUUGUUAUGAUCUUCGGUCUCGUCACCUUGUACACUUCACAUUUUCUUGCCAAUAGUUAUCGUGCUGGGGACCCCAUCACUGGCAAAAGGAACUACACGUACAUGGAAGCGGUUGAAAACAUUCUAGGAGGAAAAAAUUCCAUUUUUUGUGGAAUAAUACAGUAUGCAAAUCUUUAUGGAACUUCAAUAGGAUAUACAAUUGCGGCCGCCAUCAGUAUGAUGGCAAUCACAAAGACAAAUUGCAUACAUUCCUCACAUGCAAAAAAAACAUGCCAUGUUUUUGGCAAUCGUUAUAUAAUAUGGUUUGGGGUAAUCCAACUUGGAUUUUCUCAAAUUCCUAAUUUUCACAAAAUGAGAUGGCUUUCAAUACUUUCGUCAAUUAUGUCCUUCACUUAUUCCUUAAUUGGUCUGGCUCUUGGAAUUGCUCAAGUUUCAGGGAACGAGCAUUUUCGGGGACUUUCUUUCGCGAUAGGCCAGGUUAAGGCGGGAUCAGAUACCAUAAAAUCUCCAUUGGAAGUAAGAACAAUGAAGAGGGCCACAAAUUUAAGUAUUGCAACGACCACAACAUUCUAUGUCCUUUGUGGGUGCAUAGGUUAUGGUGCAUUUGGAAAUUCAACACCAGGAAACUUACUCACAGCAUUUGAUAAACCAUUUUGGCUUGUUGAUAUUGCAAAUUUAGCACUAAUCAUUCAACUGGUGGGAGCAUACCAAGUUUAUUCCCAACCCCUCUUUGCAUUUGUUGAAGAACGGACAACUAAAAAAUGGGAAAUAAUUGGAAAAGAACACAAAGUUCAAAUCCCAUUUUUACCCUCAUACAACCUAAACAUAUUUAGAAUAAUUUGGAGAUCAUUGUAUGUUGUGGUAAGCACUCUUAUAGCUAUGUUAAUUCCGUUCUUUAAUGACAUAUUAGGAGUGAUUGGGGCAUUAGGGUUUUGGCCCUUAUCAGUUUAUUUUCCAGUGGAAAUGUAUAUCAAACAGAAAAAGAUUCCAAAAUGGAGUGGGAGUUGGAUUCUUUUGCAAAGUUUGAGUAUAUUCUGUCUCCUGGUAACAUUUGCUGCACUUGUUGGGUCUAUAGUUGGUGUCUUACUUGACCUUAAGACAUAUAAACCAUUCAGUGCUAGCUUGUAG